GAAGAUUAUAUCAAUGUGCAUUCCAAACAACAUUAUUGUUGACAAUCUCAGAGCUAGGGAGUGAUUUUUAACUUUAAGUUUAGUAAUUUAUUCAUCAAAUAUACAUUGAUGGCUUACUGUAUGGUUGUUUGCCUCCAGGCGACCCUCCCGAAGAAUCCACACGCACUUCUGACCUUGGGCACACCUCCUAAACCCAAAAUUACCAAAUUCAUGGCACCUGCCUCAGCCAGAAACUGAAACAAGAACCCUUGCCACAUGUGAGAGACCUUCCACUCAAACCUUCCCCAAAGCACUCCCUGCUAACCAGUCACCGAGCCACCCCGUCCUCCAUUUCUUUCUGCCUCUCCGGGAACAUCAGCUAUGACCUGGUAUUUCCAUGGGAAAGUCCAGCUCGGUAGACUGCUCCUCUCCCUCCGUGGAUGGGUCUGCUCAUCUGUCACUACGGUCCUGCCCCACUGGAAGACUCAAAACCUGGAACUGAAUGAAAUGGAGACCCAAAUGAUGGGGCUUUGGGAGGUCUAUGUGAAUCAUGAGGAAGUUGCCACUGUGUGCAAGGCCUUCGAGUCCUUCUUGCCUCUGCUCUAGGAGCUCCAGGUAUCCUGGAUCCUCACAGUAGCCUCCAAUGCAUUAGGACUAUUGGGGCUUCUGCUGUCUGGCUUUGGGUCCUAAUGCUUCCAGUUUCACAGGAUCGGAGGGGUAUUGAAGAUGGUUUUCCUCCUAGGAGGGGCUUUGGAGGCAUCAGCUUCAGCCACUACCCUCUUUCCAGUCUUCUGGGUGGCCCACACUACGAUUGGCUUCUUGGAUAACAGCAUACCUCAGAUUUUGCCUCGGUGGGAGUUUGGAGAUGGCGUUUACAUAGGCUGGGCUGCUGGUAUUUUCCUUGGCAGACUAUUCAUCUUCUCCUCCUGUCUGGGGAAAGAAGUUGUGUCCUCUCUCUGGAUGGCUGGUCUCACAGUCUCACCAUCCAGUGAUCCAGCAGAUGACUCAGAUGUCACCAUCCAUCUAACACCAGGACCUAGGAACUUGGUGAUCUAG